UUUUUCGCCAAUAAGCGCACUUUCCGCGUUACCCAACACGUCCUCUUUGUUGAUACGUGAUUACGUGAAUUAUUUUUGCGAAUUAAAAGCCGCAAGCUAGCCAGCAGCCAUCAAGUGCAACAUGUUCGCGCCCUCACGUGCCCUGCGCCCAGCCCUCAGCCGCUGCUACAGCCAAAUCAAGGGCGGACCCGUUUCCGGCGGCGGCAGACCCAGCGCUCCAGGAUCUCCAGCUGGAUCCUCGUCAUCGGGCGGCGCAUCCUCGCCAUCGGUUGUGGGACUGACCAGCAACUGCGUGAAGCCCAGCAGCGGACCCGUCGGACCAGGUGCCUCCGCCACCGGUGGCUACAAGGUGCCCGAAUACUACAGCUUCAAUCGCUUCAGCUACGCCGAGGCGGAGGUGGAGAUGGCCAAGUACCGCUGCCCACAGCCCUCGGCCCUCAAGUAGAUAUAGACCAAUUGUUGUUGUUAAAUAAAAGAAAUGCCAAUUAAA